GGGGGAUGUACACGUUUUCGUACCGACGUACACCAGAAGUAGUGAGCGUCCGUUUGGGGAAUAAAGCGUUUUUUUUCGUACUUCGGACCACGUGCUGACGAGUGUCCUCUAAGCGCUGCCGGCACGUGACGCAAGGGUCGUACUUGUAGUAAGUUCCAUGGGCGUGUAGUUUCAUCUUCGUAAUAUAGAUUCGACAAAACAUAAGCAGGAGAAACUGGGAACGUAUCAACUUUUCAACCCAAUAAAUUGAAUCUCUAGUUCUUUUCUUUCCUUAUCGGAUUUUUGGAGUUGGGGACAACUUCAGAAAAAAAUGGAGUCCAUCUACAACCUCGUCAAGGACGAGGUACCCAAGCCGGAGAGGGGGCCGAGGUACGUCUCCAAGUUCCCAGGAGCGCUCGCACCAACCGGCAGCACCUUCAAUCUCGCACAAACAUCACGACCUGGCGUCAGCAAUUUAGGUAUUUGAAUCGUUGAAGAGGUGUUUCUGUGAAGAUGCAUAAAGCACUCCGUGGUUUUUCGUUGAUAUUAUUCAGGAAAAAAUGAAUCUGAUACAAAAACUAGAAUAAAACAGCAUCAAACUGCUCAAUAAAAACUUUAUCAGCGGGCGAGCCAGUCGCUGCAGAUAUGAACUACAAGUACGGAAAGCCAAAGAGCAGCUUUGGGCCAGCACCGAAUGACAAGCUUCCCGACACCAAGGAAUUUCUGAAGGGAAAGCAGUAUGCCAAGCCGGUCGCCACUUUGCGUACUUGAAACUGAUUGUUUCUGAUUUUCAUCUUCUUGUUGUGCUGCCUUGGUUGGUUUUAGAUGCAGGAGCGAGUGUUGACCACUUUCAAUCUCAAACCUGUAGUCGCUGUCAAGGCGUUCUUGUAUGGAAGAUCAUGAUCGUGAAAAAGAAAAAUGAAUUUGAAUAUCUUAUCAGGCACGAUAAAGAAGGAGCACCCAGAGAAGUUGAAGCCAACGACACUGAAGGAGAAGAUGAAGCCAGCACUUCCAGGGAAGGAGGAGAAGCCAAUUAUGAACCUGGUAUACUCAAUUUUUUCAGAGUGAUUUUUACUCAUUCGCAUGCGUGACAUUGUGAUAUGUGACUUCAGUUGCUCAUCUGUUCGUGCGUAUGAACUGCUAGCAUGACAGCGUGAAGUAGAAGAUGAUCUGGUUUUACUUAUUCCUUGGUUCCAAUAACAAAAAUCAGGUAACAAGCAAGAAUUUCAUCGUCGCAAAUGCAGUGGAGAACAUCCUGAUGGCACCGAAGAAGGAAAAAAACAGCGAGGAAGACUUUUUGAACAAGGACGACUACGGCAAGGUACCGGAGAUUUUUUUUCGGAUUUCUACUGUUGCUGAAAAUUGCUUAUGCUUUUACCAGGCUCUUCACUCACUGUUGCAUGUUAUUCAUUCGCUUUUCCUCUUUCAUGCCCAACCACAGUGAAAAUGGAUGCGCAUUGUUCAUCAACAUCGCACUCGAAAACACGACAACCAGGUCCCGGCUUACAUCGGGCAGAUCAAGAAGGAUAUCGAGGCUGAGUACCAAUACAUAAGAGACCUCCAGAACGAGGAACGGGAAAAGAUGGUCCAGAAGCGACCGCUUGACCCAGUGGAAAAGGAGGCGCUGAUUCAGGCGCUGAAGGUGAGGACAUGAUUUUUUCUUAUAUUUUUGAGUACUGAGACUGACAACUAAAACUAAUAGAGGCAUGAGCAUGACGAUACCAUGACCGAUUUGAAAUGCGUGACAAACGAAACGAAACAAAAAAACACAGGCCAAGUGGGAGGAAGUGAACAGUGAAUACCAGCUUGGCGCGCACUUGACCAAACUCGACACCGUGGGUAAGAUGCGACGGAAGGAGCAGCAAGAAAAAAUGCUUACCCAGCUCGAGAAGGACAUCGAGAGAAUCAAGAAAGAGUACUUUGCUUUUUUGGUUAUUUGUCAUGCAGGAAGCGAUGAAAGUGUUUUGAUUUGUCAUUCCCAAGUCCCUAUGCAAAUGGAGAAAAUCAAAAUAUCGAACCCCCGAAAUAACAACAGGAACGUCGUCGUCGAUCCGUCGAUGUAA